AGCAACGCAAACAGCAAAUUGUUUCGCUUGGAAUCGCGAGCAAAGAGGGUCGAUCGUUCGCUGCGUACAACGUCGUCGCCUCGCUACGAUUCAUAUACAAAUCUAAAUAUGUUUUUUUAAUUGAAUACAACGAGCAAGUAGCAGCUGCAGCAAAAUGCUAUAACGGAACCGGGCAAAAGCGGGCAGUUUACGGUACAAAUAGACAAGAAAACGACCAGAACGCUAACCAAAUGAAUUUUGUGUAAAUUUACUUCGGAUUUUGUGGAAAAAUUAUCUUAUUAGCUGGUAAUGUUGGUUGGUCGACAGUCAAGCUAGCAACGUUCCCAAAUUGCAUAACACCUAUUGUGUAUAUGAAACAAGUAUGUGCGUAAGUGUUAGUGAGUGUUUGUGAGAUGGUAUAUUGUCGCAGCAGAGGUGGUGGAAUUAUAAAAGGCAGCAAAGCUCGCAAGUUGAGUUCAACAACGAGCAGGCCAAAAGCAAGCAGAGGGGAAUCGCAUUGAAAAUUAGGGGAGAGGCAGGAGACCCAACAAAUAAGUGAGAGGAAGGUCGAUGUUGAAAUCCGUCCACAAAAUAAAAACAAAAAACACGAACGCAGAGGUGUACCAUUACGGUCAUUCUCGUACUAUCUUGAAAAGUAGUAAUACAAUAGUAUUAGUUAUUAAAAGAAAUCGAGAAGGGGACAUUAAAAAGCCACAACCGCAGCUACGAAAACAUGUAAACAAUUCUAUAUAGUAUAUCUACAAUAAUUUGUCUUUGCCGAUUCGUUUUUUAUAUAAACUAACCACCUAACCUAUCCCUCACAUCAUUCAUUAAUAUAUCUAUCGCAUAUUAUCUCAGUGAGUCAAUAGUUAGUCCCACCGGCAUAAAUGGCGAGUUAUAGCUAAAUACAUAAAUCAACACACUAUAUAGAGUAACAAUAAUAUUAAUUGGUACAAAAAACAAUGCUACAAUAAAAGCGCUAACAAGGCACAGUAGCUUUGAAUUAGUAAGCAGGAAAAAAAGCAAUAAAAACAGGCAGUUCCAUAGGGCGGCAAUGUAAAAUAAUAGCAUAGCACCUUCAACAAGGCACAAGCAUCAAAUUGACGUCCAAAACAAAGCUAAUUUGUACAACAAAAACAAUUAAAUAAACAACGCCGUCGAAUUUAUUCACCACCUUAGCAUACCACAUUACAGUUGACGUUGUUGCCAUUGCAGCUACUACACUUUGCUGCUCAAGCAGAAAGUCACACAGGGUAUAGUGCAGCGCUGCUCAUCCAAAAGAAUUGUUAACUGGAGAGCGGUAUAGGAUGCUUGCGCUUUUGGCAAUAGUUCAGGAUCCAACUUCGUAAAUAGCCUUAAAGCAAAUAAAUAAAUUAAAUGAAGAUUUCUGCAAAGCAGAUACAGGAUAUACUCGUAUAAAAUUUAGUCAAAUUAGAUUUAACAACGUAACCCAUCAGUAUUGUAUUAAUCAACUCAGCGACCGUGGGAGUGAGAAAGAUAGAAAGUGUUGUGACGCGAACUAUUACUAGCAAGUGUGUGCGUGAGAGUGAACGAGAUUGCGAGUGUGGUGAAGAACUGGACGACAGGAAAAAAGCGACGAUAUUGAACGAGUGAGCAGGUGCGUAGCAUUCAGUCGUGCUUUUGCAGUAUCAGCGUACUCGUUCGUAUGUAUGCAUGAAGUGGUGUAUUGUUGGCAGAGAACUGAAGUGGAGUGAGCCGAGUCGCGUGAGUGAGCGCUGUUCGCGGUUUGCCUGACUGCUUGUGUGCCUGUCGCUAAACAGAGUCAACCAACAACAUCAUCGGUCCGAUAGUAGAGGAACACAGCGAAGCGACAUUCAUAUUCAUCGGUCGAAUCGUUCGGGAUAUGGCCGUGUUCUUAAUAAACAUCUGUAAAUUUAAUGGCUGCGGCAUCACAUUUCCAAGUUUAGGCGAUUUAAUACAACACAUUGAGGACACACAUAUCGACUAUGAUCCUAAAGUGGUCGAACAGAAAGAGCAGGCGCAGCCUGCAUGUUUGCCGCUGAGCUAUGUGUUGCGUUUCAUAUCGGAAGAUGCCCGUAAGGAGAGCCCAUUCCUCUCCGCCAAUACGACGGGCGUUGAACUCAAACGGAAGUUGGCGAUCAAACAUCACAGUUACAGUAUGUCGUCGUCAAAUCGCAGCAAUACACCUACUGGCAGUGAGAUGGACGAUGAUGAAAUGGUUGUCUCGGAGUCAGAGGACAGCAACGAUUCUUGGACAACUGAGGAGUUCAGUUCUGAGUUCAUAAUGCGUUAUGGGAGCAGGCAUUCCGGUACCGGCAGCAAUGGGACACCGGGCAAUGAGAAGCCGUUUGCGUGUCCUGUGCCUGGUUGUAAAAAGCGUUACAAGAAUGUCAACGGUAUCAAGUAUCACUCAAAGAAUGGCCACAAAAAGGACGGAAAGGUUCGCAAAGGCUACAAAUGCCAUUGUGGCAAGAGCUACAAAACUGCUCAAGGCCUGAAGAAUCACGCACUAGUUGCACAUAAUUCCUCGCCGGAGAGCGUUUUAAGCACGCAACAUGUGGCUAAUAUGACUGCUACUAGUAAUGGUUCCAGCGUUAACGUGGGCGCAGGCAUAAUUCUGCAACGUAGUAGUUCGCCCUCACAAUCGUUGGGCUCCCUCAGUCCAUCCAGCAUCAGCAACAUGUCGAGUAGUGCCAGUAGCUGUCAUGGCAGCGCCAGCAGCAAUACUCAUAAUGGCAAUGGCAACACUGCUGGUAACAAUAACGGUGGCAGCAACACAACCACAUCCGCCGUCACCAACAAUGUGUUGCAGCAGUUGACUAAUGGUACACUUGGCAAUGGUAGUCCCAAUGUCGUUGCCACCACAAAUGGUGUUGGACUCAGUUUGCAUCAUCAUCAACAUCACACACAGCAGCAGCAGCAACAUCAGUUUAGCAAUCAGCAGCAGCAGCAGCAGCAACCACAAUUACAUAGCAUUGGAUCGACCGUAGCAGCUACAUCAGAACAGAUAAAUGCAAACACCUCCGCCUGCAUGCCUUUCAAUGGGCACCUACUCGCUGCUGCUGCGCCGAUCACCAAUGCCAACAACAUGAGUGUCUGUCCUAACGUCAAUGCCGUACUUGCAGCUGCAAACAAUCGUGCAUCGGCCGCAGUUAUCGGUGUUCCUCCAGUAGCCACAGUGGCGGUCAGCGUUAAUGGCAUUCCAAUGAAUACUACAAGUGGUGCCAAUAACUAUAACAAUACGCAAAUAUUUAAUAACCCGCCCAUUAUUUCACCCACUUUCAUCGAACACAAGUACUCGGCAAAUACUUUCAAAGAGAAAUUUUUGGCCAAUCUGCGUGCCAAUCAUAGUGGCGCACACAAAUCAAGUAAUAGCAUUAACAACAACAAACAUUCAACUAACAAUAGUAGUUCUGCCACUAAUAACAACAAUAAUAAUGUGACCAGUAGCGUGAAUGCAAACGUUAUUGGAAAUGAUGGUGGAACCAAUGGCUUGGUGGGCAAUCACACGACCAGCGUCUCUACAAUGGGCGCUUCUGUCGGUAUUGAUGACUUGUGUUCUAUACAACAGCAAUUGAGUGAAAACUAUAACAAAAACACAUUGUACCAGAAGACAAUAAAUUGAUCGCAUACACUUUCAAGUUGAUGAAGUUGUGGAACAACUGUAUUUAUGUAAACAAUGCGUUGAAUCUUUGGCUGUGACUAGGACGGCGAAGAUUACAAGAAGUCAGAGCGGGAAAGCGGGGAUUUGCAACAAGCAAAGAAACAGUAAUGGAAAAGAGUUAAAGGGAGGUUGAAAAGAAACAUAGAUUUGUUUGCGAUUCGUUUUGCAAGAUCUACGUUGCAGUUACUAUGAUGCUUCUGAUGGCUUUGCGGUAAAGCGGUUAGAAAUGUUCAAUUGAGUGGAGGCUGGCGCUGUUCUCAAUUCUGCACAUUUUAUGUAUUCACUUCAAAUGAUUUGUUAUUUAAUUAUUUCAUGUUUCACGAAUUGUUUCUCCUUUAAACACAAUUUAUACACCUUGAAUUAACAAAAAUUGCAUACGAUUUAUUCUUUAGAUACGAAAUUUGCUUAAACAUACAUUUGUAUACCAUAUUAAUUUCAUGAGAAUUCGGAUGUACCUGUGUGCUUUGCUUUUGUAAUGCAAAUACUGCAAUAUAAACGAAUUAGUUCAUAUUUGUAAACCAAAUCUUGUUUAUUUCUCUAUUAUUUAAUAUUAUAUUAUAUCAUUCGUCAGCAACAUUUUAGUUUACUGUGAAUACGGAAAUUGCCACAAUUCUUAUAGCUAAACCAGCUUUAAUUGAAAGAGGCGUACGGAAUUUUUUGAAUACCUGAAAAAAAACACUAGAUAGCCAGAAGAGCUCAAAAUAUAUAUACUUGUAUGUACACAGCCUGCGACAAAUGAUAGCACAUCAACGUUUUGAACAGUUUUGACUAUUUUGCUCUUUUUGCUUUUGAUUGAUCAUUGUUGUUUUUGUAAAAGUAUAGCUCAUUAUCUGGCAAAACCAAUAUUAUAAUAGAAAACAUGUUUUGGAGAAAAUCCGCAAUGCUUUCAUGGAAAAACAUUAACUUCAAAACUGUGCUUCAUUUUACCAAAAUUAAUAAGCUCUAAUAUUGCGUACCAAAAAUCUCCCCAGAAAUUCUAAUUAAAAACCGUGGAAUUGGAAUGAAUUAUACCUAAAUGCAUAAUUUUUCUAGUUUCGUAUAAAAUUGAAUUUGAAACAUUAAAAACAAAACUGCUGAAAAUGUUUACGUGCCAUCCUUUGUCGCUGGAUGUGCAUAGUUAUUGUGCAUUACCUACAACCAAGUUUUCCUAGAAAACCAUUUAAAGAAUUUUUGGCAGGUGAAAAAUGGUAUUGAAGCAAAUUCAACGGCAGUAAAAUAACUUACUUAAAUUUUUAGUAUGCAUAAGUAUGUGUGUGAGGCAUUAAAGCAUAUUUGCAUUCAUACACAGGAAUAUACAAAAUUCAUGGUUUGGUUGUGAUGUCUGAUGCCACUAGUAAAAAAAUGUUUCCUUAAUAUCUUGCUUUUGGUAUAAAAAAAAGAAAAAUGACGCAACCAAAAGCAGUAGAGUACAUUUUUUGAAACAGUUAAAGAAAGGAGACAAAGUUGGGGUUUAUUUAAUUGAAAUAAACCUCACAUAACCUUACCUAAUUCAAAUAAAAUGUUGUUCCCUAAAAAUUAAUGUCAAUCAUUGCAUCAGCUAUCAUUCAUUUGCUUUUUUGUGUGCUCAAAAACGGAUAUAAAUAUAUAUUUUCUCUCCAAAGCGUAUGGUAACUAAAAAAUGUUAUAUCCUACACUAAAAUUUUCAUAAACUGUUCAAAUUAAAAAUUAUAUGUAGCUUGAAUUUACAAGACAUUUUAAGUGAACUAAAUUUUGUAAGAGUUCGCUCAGCGAAAAUUGAACUCUCUUGCUUUUGGCUGCGUACUAUAGUGCACGUAAAUUAAUCUCUAUUAAGACUAAUUAAAGAACAAUGAUAAAAAAAGAUUUUUUGUAACUAACUACCAAAAACUAUCUCAAAGGAGUAAAAAAUCUAUUCUUGACCUAUACUCACCCACAAAAACCAAAAAAAGUUAUAAUUAUAAUAGUAACUGGCAAUGUUAUGCAAAUUUAGGAAAAUUCAUUAAAUAAAAAAGAAAUGAAAAUGUAUGUGUUUAAAUGUGUACGCUUUAAGACUAAAAUCGCAUAAUGUUCUCGCGCAUUUGCUGUGACCGAAACAAAAUGGAUAACCACCUUCUUCACUGUUUACAUACCUCUCCUCUUUUCCCACUCUCUCUUUCUCUUGCACACCGCCCUCUUAAAUACGACAGUUUUGCUUAUGAAACUGCUUUUCUUUUCUUUAUAGCAAAAUCUAUCGCAAUUUAUAUACAUAUAUGAAAAAUUGUUUAUGCUCUUUAACUAGUCACUAUUCUUGUAGGCAAAUUAGUUACUAAUUUAUAGUUUAGAAAUUGUAUUUAUAAUUAUUUUUGUACAUAAUGUUUAGCAUAGUUUAUAAAUAGUGAAAUAUUAGCUGUGUUAAUUUGCCGAUUAGUUUAAAAAUAGAAUAUGAAAUAAUUGAAAUUAUUAAAAAUUAAAUGUAUAUUUAUGCAAUUUUUUUCUUUGAAAGAAAAAAUGUAAUAAACACAAGAAUCAAUUUAGAUUAAAUGCUGAUUUGAUAACAGGGCAGGGCAAUUUAUUUCGCAAAAAUUUUAAAUCAAUGGUCGACUUUGCAAAGUUACUAAAAUUCAUGAAGUGGUUGAAAGCCUUGCGCAAAAUAUUAUUCGGCACCGUUUUGAGUGUAUUAAGCAGCUAAACUUGA